UCACCAAAGCAUCAGUUUUAGUUCAACAAUGAUUAAAAACGAUGUGUGUGUUAUCGGGCAUUAGCUGGAUUACAGUCCUGUAAAUCCAGUAGUAAAGCUUAGUUGUCCGACCAACGGGCUCAGUAGCAAAUAACGUUUUCUGACAUCGGCGGCCAAGGACCGGCAGUGAAUGUUUGGACUGAGGCGAUUUAGUAAGAAGUUGUAAGAUAGUUCCCAGGAUCAAUGCAGCCCGCAGUGCAGUAUCCAAAACCACCUCGGUCACCGAUGGCGAGCUUGAGGUCACAUCGUACUCUUUCCAACACCACAACAAGUUCUUUAGAUGAUGACAACGUUUCUUUGAGUUCUAGUUUUUCGGGUAGCUUAAGAAGAAGCACCGGUUUACCGAAAAUAUCUACCAGCGACUUUUCAGCUGUACGAGCAGCAGUAGGAAUCUCGCGGAUGAAGCAUGGACGUAAAGUGCGCAAAGCAACAACACAUCUUGAACACUACUCCAAUACACAAUCUGAUGGCAGUAAUCCUCGUGGCAGCAGACGUACAAGUACCAUAUACUCUCUGAGUGAGUUAGCAGUUGCUGGGGCCAAAGUGAAACGAAGAAAACGUAGCACACUUGAAACCUGGGGUAGACGAAGCACUGUCGGAGUAACCAAGUAUUUUGAUAAGCAUCUUCCGUCCGUAGAGCUGUUUAGACGUUGUGUUCGACUUGUACAAAUGUUCGCAUCCCUUUGUCAGUACAAAUACGAAAAGGAAAAUGAAGAUAACGAGGCCACUGCACACACAGUAUUUACAGAGUACAUCAACGAAGACGAUUCCAAAAUCGAUGGCGGACUCGCCUUUGAUGCUUCGUAUUUUAAAGCAAAUAGAAAGAUGCGAGUCUCACAAGAGGUCAAAAACAUUUUGUUAACACCCCCUGAACAAAGAACCGAGCAGCAAUUAGCUAAGAUCCUGUUUUCUUUGCGUUCGAUUCGAUCUUUUGCAGAAUAUCCCCAGAGAAUACAAAACAAGUUAAUAGCUGUUGGAUGGUUCGAAUCCCAUUCAGCCAAGAGAGCCAUACUACGUCAAGGUCAUAUUCCCCAAGCCUUCUACUUUGUCCUAUCUGGGUCAGCUGUGGUAACAGUAAUGGCCAAAAACGAGGCCUUUGCCAGGACAGUGCAUUUUUUACGUCGAGGAGACAGCUUUGGGGAAUUGGCUAUGUUACAUGACACUCGACGUCAGUCAACGGUCAUAUCACGAGAACCAAUCGAACUCUUGGUCAUUUCACGAGAGGACUUUGUUGACAUAUUCAUGUUAGCUGGAGGAAUUAAAAAUCUUAACGACCCUGACCAUAAGAAAUUCAUCAGAGGAAUCGAAUUUCUCAGAGGAUGGCCAAUAGAGUUACUUGGAGAGAAUCCAAAAAAGUGCUUGUUCCAUUUCUUCAGAAGCGGCUCCGUCCUUGUGAAAGACAGCAAUCAUACAGACUGGAUCUAUAUCAUUAAAUGGGGAAGCUGUCGAAUCCUUAAAAAACUCAAGCAAGUAAAGAGCCAGCUCACUGAGCAUAAAGAACGAGUUGUAGGAUUUGAAAAUGUAAAAAGUUUUGUACCUAAAGCUGAAUCUCGUUCAAGACUUGAACGCGUACGAACAAAGCUAUCUGUUGUAACCAAGCUACUGCCCAAGCUGACGCUGCGUUCACUAUCAAUGAUAGCAGAUGAAAAUGAAGUAGAUAAGACAUCUAGUAUCCGGCAUGAUGAAGGUGCAUAUAUUGAACAAGUUGCCGUGGCACAAGGAAUUCUUGCUCGAUUUCGUCAAAAGAGACCUUCUGCAAUACUUGAUGACAUGUCUUUCCCUGGAGAAAUGUCAGAGAACUCACCAUAUUCGUCCACACGUACGUCUCCAGAAUUAAAGGCCCGCAGGGCUUCAAGUCCCGCUAAACAGGCUGUGACGAACCGUAAAAAGUUGAUAGUUAUUGAUGGUUCUGUUAGUAGAAACUCGUCUUUUUCUGCUAAAAAGAGCGCAGGCGUCCAUGUGGAAGAGUCGCAUAAUAAUCGAAAGCUUUCAAGUCCAAAGUUUCAACGUUCAUCGUACGACAAGUCAUCUGAAAGUAGUUUAUCGCAUGCCUCUCAAGAAGAGUCUCCUGGUCCAGCCACAAGUUUCAUGAACCAACGCGCAAGAUCAAGGCUAUCGACAAAAAGUAACGAAGUAAAUAAAAAGGAAAAUGACGAAGAAGAAAAUUUUCCAAGACAGAAAAUAUCUGUUAUCGAUGAAGGUGCAUUAAAACAGAACGAGGUGCAAUUCACAGAAGCUGAUCGUCACCCAGUAUUCGUUCAAGUGGCUUUACUUUCCAAAGGAGAUGUGUUUGGGGUGUCAUCUAUGCUUUUCGAUGAUCAGCCAAGCCUCAGUCUUGUUAGUAAUGGAGCAGAAUGUAUAAUGAUAUCAAAGAAAUUCUAUUUGUCCCACUGUACUGAUAGUAUGAAACGACGGCUUCUUACUACAGAAACACCGUACCCAGAUGAAGAUGCUCUUCAACGAAGUUUACAAGAUAAGAUCAACUGGGAUGCGUACAAAAAGAAAACUUUACAAGGGGUAGUGAAGAACAUAAAUUUGCGACGGCAAUUUGAAAAUCGUCAAUGUCAUCUGAAAAAUCAAAACAAAAAGGAUACUGAUCUUUGUGAAGAACUGAAAUCUUAUCUGAAUAAUGUACAGUCCCAAUAUCUAGAAAGAAAGUGAACUAUGGAUUAUUACAAACUGCAGCUCGCAAAAUAUCUAUUUAUUGAUAAGGAUAAUAUAGCAUAUAAAAAAUCGUCUUUAUUAAAAGCUGUAAGACCUUUAAAAUCGAUACUUUUAAUUGGCUAUAUUCCUACCAGCUGAGCGAUGAAUUUUGUGGCACCCAAUCAUAGCGCGUUAGGCUGUUUUGCCGCCGGCCCUCAUUCCCAGGCUACUGUAACCCAACUUUUGCGUAAUAUUAUGUUUUCUUUUGACUAAAAUAUAAUAAAUGUGUCUACAAGAAGCAGAAAUAUGGAAAAGAAGAAUAAAAAUAAAAACACUUUCACUUUACCGCCAUUCCUGCUUCGUUCUUUCAUGCUGAGGGCCGUCAUUUUGUCCACUCAUGCUUUGCGCGCCGCGCUCACCGCUCAGCUUAUAAUUGGCUAUAUUCACUUGUAAUGAAAUGCAAAGUAAAACUGUGUAGUAAUG